AGCCCUUAGUAAAAAAGGGAGAUAGUAGUAAACUGUUUAAACUUUGAGCGAGAGGGGCUGUUUGCCCACGCUUUGGUGAAAUAUUACGUGAACUUCGUCCACAGGUGUUUUUCCAAGACAACGGAAGUGGUGUGAAUGUUCAGCCGAGAGAAGAACGACUUUGAUAUCCGCAUCCACCGGAGCGAAUUUAACUUCAACCAAGUUUACUUGGGCAUUUUCUGGAGACUGCAUGCUGGGGCUUGAAGCUGACUUCCUGUAGACUGCUUCAUAGAGAGGGAAACCUUUGUGGAAAGCAGGAGAAAGGCCUGUUCACCCAUCGUCCUCAUACUGAAAGCUGCAGGAUAAUUACAAAAUGGCUAGAAGAUCCCUCAUUCCCUUGUUACUUCUUGCAAUAUGCUGCCUGGCAUCUGCAGGGCCAUUGUUUCGCAGCCCAUGUGAGCUGCUGCCGGUGGGGAUGGGACACCCAGUGCAGGCCAUGUUGAAGAGCUUCACCGCCCUGUCAGGCUGUGCAAGCAGGGGCACCACCAGCCUCCCUCAGGAGAUCCACAUCAUCAACCUGAGAGGACAUGCUCCAGAGGGACCAGACAACACCCCGGCAGAAGUUGAGCUGCAUCUGAAGCCCAUCCAGUCUUUGCUGCGCCAUCAGAAGCCACUGGUCUUCGUGCUCAACUCCCCCCAACCACUGAUCUGGAAGAUCAAGACAGAGAACCUGGCCCCGGGCAUUAAACGUACCUUUCAUGUAUCUGAGGGCUCAGAGGUCCACUUUCAGCCGGGAAACUUCUCCCUCUCCUGCCAGAUCCAGAAGGAGACCCUUCCCCAUGGCAAUGAGCACCUCCUCAACUGGGCCCAGAAGAAGUACAGGGCAGUCACCUCUUUCUCUGAGCUCAGGAUGACUCAAGACAUCUACAUCAAAGUUGGAGAAGAUCCAGUGUUUUCUGACACCUGCAAGAUUGAUACCAAGUUCCUGUCUCUGAACUACCUGGGCGGCUACGUGGAGCCCCAAACAUCAAAGGGUUGUGUCCUGUCUGGACCCGACAAAGACCGAGAAGUCCACAUCAUUGAGCUCCAAGCCCCCAACUCCAGCAGUGCUUUCCAGGUGGAUGUUAUAGUGGAGCUACGGCCUCUGGACGACGAUGCCCCACUGCAUCGUGACAUCGUCUUGCUGCUCAAGUGCGCCAAGUCUGUCAACUGGGUCAUCAAGGCCCACAGUGUGGGUGGCAAGCUGGAUGUAGUGGCCUCUGAUACCGUGAGCCUUAGUUCAAAUACGGAGAGACUGAUGCAAGUGUCAAAAUCCCCCAAGCAGCACUUACCAUCGGGGUCACAAGCAUUGAUCAAGUGGGCUGGGGAGCAUGGCUACAGUCCAGUCACGUCUUACACCAGCACUCCUGUGGCUAACCACUUCAGUAUCCGACUUAGAGAACCAGAUGUGGUGGAUCCUCUGGGGAGCAUGAUGCUUCCAGAACUCUCCAUCCUGCGUGACUCCAGUCCUCAUCCAGGAGCCCGAGCUGCUUCACGACGCUCCGGUCUGCCCUUUCCCUUCCCUCCACCUGUGUCGCACGGCCUGCCCUACCUGAAUCUGCCCGCCUCCCUCGACGACCGGCCGUGGGAAAACGGAGAGCCCGAGGAGCAGCAGGGCGUUCUGAGUGUUGGCCUCAGUGUGCAGUGUGAGGACACGAGGAUGGUGGUCAGCAUCGACAAAGAAAGCCUGCAAGCGAAUGGGUUUACUCAUGCCAACCUCACGCUCCAAGACCCAGCUUGCAGAGCAACAGUCAAUGCCACGCACUACACACUGGAAACUCCUCUGACUGGCUGUCAGACCACCGUAUAUCCCAUGAUGGGUAGCACAAUGGCCCUCCACAUCAACUCUGUUUUGAUAAGUCAUGCCGAGACUAAGGAUGGGAGUGGUGGGCCGCUGGAUUAUGAGGAUCUGGACGCGCUGGACCCAGUGGAGUUAGAGAGGACAUUUACAGAGCCCACAGAGCACCAGUCUGUCAUUAUGUUCAAUUGCACGUACCGAAACAACGAGGAAACCUCAGAAACACUUUCCAGGAUUGUACCAGGACCAGGACAGCAACCGAUCAACAACAUGACGUUUAACAUGGAGUUGUACAACACAUUGCCAUUCAACAGCCCUUCACGCCAAGCUUUCUACACUGUUUCACAAAAUCAGCAAGUCUUUGUGGAGGUCACAUCAACCGCAUCAGAUCCGGAGCUGGGGUUCACCAUCGUAUCAUGCUUCAUUUCUCCCAACUCCAAACCCAGCGUGGCCUCAAACUACACUCUCAUUGAGACAGUCUGCCCCACAGACGACUCUGUCAAGGACUAUCCUCAGAGGGACUUCCCUGUCCCUCGCGCACAGGCGGAGAAGAAAGGUUUCAGCUUCACCUUCAACUCAAAGUUAAACAUGUCUCUACUUUUCUUGCACUGUGAGAUGUCUCUGUGCUCCAAGAGAUCUCAGAGCAACCAAAGACCGCUGUGCUUACAACCCAAUGAGACCUGCGAUUCUUUUACUGUGGACAAUAUCCUGGCAAUGAUGAUGAACACCAAGACGUCUACCAAGCCGCUGGUUGUGGUGGAUGGGUCUGGUCAACCAGUUAUUCCUUCUCCCAAAGUUACCCAAAACCCACAGGAUCCUUCUAAUGAUAUUAUUUCUUCUCCCAAAGCUCCCCAAAGCCCACAGGGUCCUUCUAAUGAUAACACACUGUACGUGCUGGACACUCCGACAGUGGUGGGGAUCGCCUUUGCAGCCUUUGUGAUUGGGGCUCUGUUGACCGGAGCCCUGUGGUUUAUCUACUCACACACAGGAGAGACAGCUGGCACACAGCAGGUCCAGAACUCCCAGCCCGCCUCAGAGAACAGCAGCGCGGCCCACAGUAUCGGCAGCACACAAAGCACACCCUGCUCCAGCAGCAGCACAGCGUAGUCCAGGACGCAACCCAGAGAUGCGCAAAGACUGGAAGGGCCCCAACGGUUCCCAAGGACCGGUUUAUUGAUCUCCUUCCAUGAAAGGAAUUAUUUCUGGGGAUGCGAUAGGAAGGAAAAAAGUAUGAUUUUAAGAAGAAAACACACAAUAACACCUUUGGUCCUUUUGUGCCACUUCAAGUGUAUGCAGACAAAUAUACUAUCCUUGUGUUACUGGUCUGUAAUUGUAGUGAGACCCAGCUAGGCAGCCUCACCUCAUAUCUAGUGCAAAAAACUACAAGAAACAAAUGCGAGUGUGUACCAGGCAUUUCUUUCUAAUCCAAAUGCUGCUUUUUUUCUGACCACAACACAGCCUUUUGUUUUGACCUUAAAUGGUGUGAUUUCGGCUGUUUGGAACAAGCAGGUGUACUCCAACAGCAAAGCAAUCAGGCUGCGGUGAUGUCAGUAUUAGUAAGUGAGAUGUUGAUGGAUGGACUGUAACAUGUUACUUUAUGACAUGCAACCCUGAAGGUGGCAAAGGAGCAAAGCAACCACUAUUAACAUGCGGACAAAAGUGCAGUAUGAAUGGAAGUCAGCAUCUUGACACAGAGAGAGAUAAUGGAUUUUAAAAGAUGCAAGACGGUGUUGUAAGUAUUGAAUGUAUACAGAAAAGUAAAUGCCAAAAAAUGUGAAAGAAAAAUGUGAAAGACAUGCUGAUAAAAUGCCACAUUCUAUAAUGUACUCAUUUCACUCAUUCUUCCCUCAUAAUGGAUUUCUAUACAGUAGUUAUAGAAAUGCAUUUCAGUAGGUGGGAGUUUGAGUCUCAAUUUCAUUGAAGUUACACAACUUCACAGGGGCAAUAUUGGUUUCACUUUUACUAGUUGUUGUUAAUGGAGUAGUUUGAGAUUUUAAUAUAUGUUUAUUUGCUUUUUAUCCCAAAGUUAGAUGAGAAGAUCGAUGCCUCUCUCAUGUCUGUGCGUUAAGUUCGAAGCUCGAUACAGGAGGUGAAUAGCCUAGCUUAGCAUGAAGACUGGAAGCAAGUUAGCUCAAAGAAAUAGUUCGGCAUUUUUAAGAAAACAUUGCAGCAGGAAACUCCCCCUAAAACCACAAACUGUCGUUUUACAUUUUGGCCUGUGUGCGGAUUAAACAACAUAUAGCAAGUUUAUUAGUGAGCCUUAGAGUAGGUUAGUAGGUGUAUUUUUUAAAUUUUGGACAGAGUAAGGAUAGCUGUUUGCCCCUGCUUCCAGUUGUAUGCUAAGCUAGGCUAAUCACCUCCUGGCUCCAAUCAAGAGCUUCAGAGAGCUAUCAAUCUUCUUAUCUCACUCUCAAAAAUUAAGCAAAUAAGUGUAUUUCCCAAAUUAUCAAAAUAUUAUUUUAAGACCUGUAUAUUUUUGUGAAUAUUGUAAAUACUCAAAUCUGUUUUUGUACUUCUGGAUUAGACAAGAUUUACCAGUGUGCGGUGCCAGUUAAUACCAUUUCUCAUUUUAAAUGUGAUCAAAUAAGAAUUGAAUGAAAUGAUUCGAAAGUGAUGAUUGACAGGUUCAACUUAGGGUGUAAUUUAAGGACAUGAAUUCAAAAUCGUGGUUUGGUAUAGUUGACGUAGUUUUGGUCCUACUGUCUGUUCCUUUACACUGUUACAGACUCUGCUCAUUAUUGAUUUAAUUUUUGCUUACUUUUACAGUUAAUCGAUUGUUUAGUCUAUAAAAUGUCAGAAGAUAGUAAAAAAUGCCCAUCAGACCACCAGUCCAAAGCCCAAAGAUAUGAUUUAAAACAGAGAAAAGCAGCAAAUACUCACAUCUGAGAAACUGCAAAGAAAGAAUAUUUGGCAUUUUCCCUUGAGAAAUGUCUUAAACGAUGAUUAUUUUAUCUGUCAGUUGACUAAUUGAUUAUCCAACUAAAUGUUUCAGCACUUCUUUACACAUUCAGCUGAUUGUCUUCUUAUCAGACAGAGGAGAGUAGAUUUGUUACAUUGUAAAGCCACAUGUACAGUGUAUGGAUUUAUUUUUAUUUUAUCCCAGUUCUUUUUGUACAAAUCUUGGCACUGACAGUGUGUUGAAUAAGCUGUAGCUGAAGCUCAUUGUUAUGGACAUGCAACUGCAACACCACGACUACCCCACCGUCUCAGUAUAAUAUGAAUGUUUGCCUUAGUGCCUUCCUUUAACCUGUAUGUGUUUUUAUCAGGCUGUGUGUGGGAGUAACUGGGCCCUUUGAAUUCGAGGAGGGAAGUUUCCCUGUAACGAUUUAUAACAAGAAAAACAGAAUGUAUAUUAUCUCAAAGCUUUUGAUAUUUCUUUUCUUAUGUAAACAUGUAUAAAGCUUUCUGCAGAGGGAACAGAGUAUAAAUAUAUAUAUUUGUGUAUAGAAUUAUAUUUUGGAAUAUAUUUACCAAGAGAAAUUUAUUGUCUUCUAUGUGUGUAAGUACUGUGAAUUGUUGGAUGUGCUCAUACAUAACACACGUUUGUGGGGGAUUUAUUCAGUUUAUUAAUAAAAACCUCAUGGCAUGUUUUAUGACACUUUGACUAAUGAAGAUUAAAUAUUCAUAUUUGUAAUACAAAAGUAUUUAACUUUUUUUUUUUUAAAGAAUCACACUGCGUCUGUUUUACUGACCUAGGAGAAUGAAAAGUAUGCCUUUUCCUAACAAAAUGAUCAAAUAUUCGUUUGAAAUAACCUAGUUGAUUAACUUUGACUUUGUACUGCCAUCAUGUUUAUUUACCUUUGAAACUUUUAUAUUUCAAUUGUUCAUUAAAGAAUGUGUCAUAAAACAUGUUAUGAGUUUGUAAUGAAUAUCAUAUAUAAAUGCUUUUCAAACAAAGCAUAACCUGCAGGUAAUUUCUUCUGUACAUGGAACACAACUCCUUAUGUUUUGUCUAAACAUUAUUAUAGUUUGUCAUCUAAUUUGGAGGGAAUUUUUACUCUAUUGAAGUUGUUGCAGAUUGAUUACUAUUUUCUAUAAAUAGUGUUUACUAAAAUAUUUUCAUAUGAAGUAAAGAAAGAUGUUAUAUAACCUUGUGAAAUGAAUAUACCUUAAAUAUCAUUGAUGAUAAGCUGUAGCAAUGAAUAUUACACUAUAUUUUUAACACAGUAUUCGUAAAUGGUGGAGUUAAUUCCAACAGUUACUGUUUUGUCAUACAACAAAACCCAGGUCACAGACUUGUUUAGGUCCUUCUGUCACACCGAUGGCGUUUAUCUCCUUAAAAUAAUGAAAACAAUUAAAUCAAGUCUAAACCACUAAUGGCAGUAGUUAAACCAAAAGUGGAAUGUAUAAUAAGCGUGUAUGUAUUCAUUUGGAAUGGAGGGUGGAGAAAAUCCAACUAUCUGUUAUUUUGUUUCUGGAAACUCAACUGUUUUCAGUAACACUAGAGAAAUAUUUUUUAUUGAGUUGUAUUAGAACCACUUGGUUUUAGAGCAACAUUAGAACUUGUUUGUUUUAUCGGGCCUGUUGCCAGAUGUGUCCGUGCCAAAUCCCUGUUCUCUAAACCUCUAUUCAGUAAAGCUCACUUAUACGGUAAAUAUACAGCAGUGAUAUGUAGUGCACUGUUGCUGUAAUCAAGCAGCAUUACUGUGAACAACAACACUGUAUCUCAGUGUAUACAGAAUUGACAUAGGGAAAGAUUCAUGUCUUGCUGGGUGGAAAUGUGCCGCAGCCUAUAAUCAGCGGUCAUUGUGCGAUUAAGGCUUUCUGAAAUUCCUGUAGUUUUGAGGUUUCUCUUAUCGACUGUGGCAAAUCCGUCUCCCAUAUGUAAUUAUCUCCUCCACCCCUCCUUGUGUCAUGCUGAGCCUCAACUGAUGUUCUGGAUCUAAUCUUCUCAUUUGAGAUAAUUUGGGCAUAUUAUUUCACCCAAACUAACAAUUCAUGAGAGUUGCUGUUCAAGUAUCGACGUUCCUCCCUGCAUGUUGUCCCAGUGCAUGCUGGGAAAAGCUCCGCCACUCCCCCCCCCCCAUGACCCUGAAUGUGGAUGAGUAGGUAAAGAUAAUAUGCUAUCAUGAAAUAAUAAUGCUGUAUCAGACAAAAGGAGCAUUGUUGUAAGUGUGCUGAAAUAGUAAAAGAUGCUUUCACUAUAUGACUUAUAGUUAAUGCUGAACUGAGAACAGCUGUAAUUGGAGUACAAAUCCAUAUAUCUAGUUAUUGAUUGUAUUUUUUUUUAACCAUUUGACUACCUCAUGUUUUCUAUGAAUGUGUAAUUUGUGUACUAUGUGUGUGUCGGUAUGUGUGUGAGUGUUUUCUGUUCCUAUGUUUGAACUCAAGAAAAAGUUGAAAUGCUGAUAGAUUAUACUGCAUUCGGAUGAUUUGGGGCCCCUACGUGGUUUUAUUGCAGUUACACGUUUAUUUGUCAAUCUCAAUGCAAACAAAUGAAGAGUUUGAGCUUUCCCACGAUGCCAAGAUUGCCUUUUUUGGCCGGUGUAAAUGUGUAAAACUUUGGUUAGCCGUUAUUGUUUCCUUUAGUUUUUGAAACGUUUUAUAUGCUGUAAAUAUGCAUGAUAUUUGUAUAUCCAUUAUGUCCAAUAAAUCUUCAUAAUAAUUUAUAA